AUGGCCAACCACUACAAUCCGAUCCUCUAUCAGACCAAUGGUCCCAACUCGGACAACAAUAUGUAUUCUCCCGCCCAACCCUCAGCCUCGUCCUUGGUGGGACCCCCUACCUCCUCAGGAUAUCAUAUGGGACCAGGAAUGUACAACGCCGGAAUGGGCCGGUACCCCGUUCAGAUGAACCUCGCCCAAAAGUUUCAGCAGCAGCAACAACAACAACACCAACAACAUCAGCAUCAACAGCAGCAACAACAGCAGCAGCAACAGCAGCAACAGGCAUUGAACCAUCACCUCCAGCAGCAACAGCAGCAGCUCAACCAUCAAGUGCAGAUCCAUCAACAGUCGGGCGUCUCCUCUCCUGCCAGUCUCCCAGCUUCGCUCACCCCUCAGCUUGGGGCCGCAGCCACUCACUAUCAACAGCAGAUGCACUACGCCAACGUCUCUCGACAGUCGUCCACCCCUCACUACAGAGCUAGGGCGGCAGCGGCAGUGGCCAGGAGCACCAACUUGAGCUCAGCCGUCACCAUUACAGACCCCAAUAGCCCCCCCAAGAAUGGUGCCACGGCGGCUGCCGGUACGACCAAUGGCGACAGCGGGGCUGGAUCAGGGAACAAGGACAAGGAGAGCAUUCAGCCCUGGAAGAUUCUGGAUCUUGGAGGCAUGGGACUCAAGAACAUCAGCAGGGAGCUCUUUGGCUACUCGUUCUUGACCGCUCUCUAUGUCAACCACAACAACCUGCACCAUCUCUCUCCCGAAAUCAGUCGACUGACAGGAUUGACCAUCUUGGAUGCCUCUGGAAACAAGCUCACAUCCAUUCCUCCCGAGAUUGGUCUGCUGACAAACCUCAAGGAGCUUCUCUUGGUCGACAAUGGCUUGGUGACCCUUCCUCCCGAACUGGGCACCCUGUUUCAGCUGGAGAUCUUGGCUCUGGAGGGCAACCCGCUGAAUGAGAGUCUCAAGAACCUCCUGCAGCAAGACGGAACCAGCACUGUCAUCACCUACUUGCGCGAGAACUGUCAAGUGCCAUUGCCCCCACCUGAGAGAGAGUGGAUUACUCUGGAGGACAGCGUCGCCGCUGCAACGACAGGAACGGAUACUUUCACCAUGUUCUGCUACAACAUUUUGGCUGAAAAGUACGCCACGGCUCAGAUGUAUGGCUACACUCCGUCUUGGGCCCUUGCUUGGGAAUACCGCAAAGAAUUGAUUCUCCAGGAGGUUCUGGCCUACAGUGCCGACAUUAUCUGUCUCCAGGAGGUGGAGUCUGGUCAGUACGACGAUUACUUCAAGGAUCAGAUGAAGCAGCAGGGCGAUUAUGACAGUGUCUUCUGGCCCAAGUCUCGUGCCAAGACCAUGCCGGAGAAGGAUCGCAGGAACGUGGAUGGCUGCGCCACCUUCUUCAAGGCCUCUAAGUUCACUUUGAUUGAUAAGCAUCUUGUAGAGUUCAACCAUAUUGCACUCCAGAGACCUGACUUCAGGAAGACAGAGGACAUCUUCAACCGCGUCAUGACCAAGGACAACAUCUCUGUCAUCACCCUCCUGGAGCACAAGGAUACACACAAUCGGGUGGUGGUCGCCAAUGCCCACAUCCACUGGGACCCUAUCUUCAAGGAUGUCAAGCUGGUUCAGGUCGCCAUGUUGAUGGACGAGCUGGACAAGCUUUCGAACCAGUGGGCCCAUCUGCCAACUUCCUCUGGAGCCACCCCCACUGUCAACAGUGUGGGUGGCAAGUUGCCGACCUUGAUCUGCGGAGAUUUCAACUCUGAGCCAGACUCGGGUGUGUACGAGUUCUUGACCAAGGGAGCGGUCGCACAGGGCCACGACGAUUUUGGAGACCAUGCCUACGGAAGCUACACGACGGACGGACUCUCUCACAAGAUGACGCUUCGAUCGUCGUACAGCCAGGUUAACGAGUUGCCGUUCACCAACUUUACACCAUCGUUUGUGGCGGUGAUUGACUAUAUUUAUUACUCGUCCAACUUCCUGAACGUCCUGGGAUUGUUGGGAGGCGUGGAGAAGGAGUACAUGAGUCGGUGUGUCGGCUUCCCUAACGCUCACUUCCCGUCGGACCAUGUCCCCAUCCUGGCUGAGUUCAAGUUCAGGAGUCAAGUCUCACUCCCCAAAUCGACACCCAACUUUGGAGCCAUGGGCAACAAUAACAGCAACCACAAUGGCGGUGGUAAUGGUAAUGGCAACGGCAACAACCGUCGCCCUUCGAGCAGCAAGUAG